AUGGCGGUAGACGCAGAAUUGGAUGCUGAGGCGCAAGACCUAGUCAAGGCGGCUUUGGCUUUCAUCGAAGAAGUCAGCGCAGAGGCAGAUGCAGCUGAAGGGGGCGUUCCCGAGGCAGCAGAGCUCACGAAGCAGCUCCAAGAGGUCGAUUCACUUCGCCAAAAAGCCGAGGAGCUUUCGAAAAACUCCGGGCUCCAGGCCCUGAAGGCUGGACUGACGGCCGUGGAGUUGCUGCUUUUCUACACGGUGAAGACAGAAAUUGCCGGGAAAUGUGCAGCUGGGAUGUAUUUGACGAGCCGUCGUCAACAAGUGAUCCUCGCGCGGAUCGGCGAAGUCCUCUGGCUGGCCAAAGAUGCGGUGGAGCUUGGCCGUGAUGCGCAGGAUCCUUGGCUGGAAGGAGUGGCGCGGAAGGUUCUUGCGCGCAUCCACGCAAGCCGCGUGGGUGAACCCGAUGCGCCUGUUGCUGCGAUGGCAGAAGCGACUAAGGCCUCGGAGGUCUUGCAGGGCCUUGCGGAGGAUGCGGAGGACCAGGAAUACCGCAGGAUGCAUGCCGAGAUUCUCUUCGUCUUGGGUGACGCGCAGCUGACAAAAGCUUUGAAGUCACCCUUCAGCCAGGCACGUGAGGAGGCCUUGGAGGCAGCCGCUGAGACGAUGCGGAAGGCGGCCGAGGCCUUCAAGAACCUGGAAGAUGUCAAGUGGACGGGUCGGUCGAUGCUAGGGGCAGCUCUCGCGCUUGUAGGAGUGGAAGAUGAAGAUCAGCAGAUGGAUGGUGAAAGACUUGCAGAAGAUGCCAAGGACCUUUUUCAUGAAGCAGGUGAAUGGGAUUUGGAAGUUGUCGCUGUCAUGAUCAUUGUCAAGUGCCGAGUCACUACGUCUGGCCUUGAUUGUGCUUUGCUGUCGGCGGAGGAUGCGGCAGAAGAUUGGAAAGAAGAAGGUGGCAGGCCAGAGCACGUGGCCACAGCCUUGCACACAGCGGCCUCCAUCUAUUUUCAGCAGAAGGAGGGGCUGGAGAAAGCAGCACAAUACUGCGAAGAAGCGCUGAAGCUUUUCAGAACCGUGCAGUGGCGCCGUGCUGAGUCUGCGGUUCUCCAGACACUUUGCAGAGUGGAGUCUCUCAACAGAAACUUCGACAAAAGCAUUUCGACCAUCAAAGAGGCCGUGGAAAACUAUAGGCAGAUGCAGGACCGACGUGGUGAAGCGGAAUCACUGACUUUUGCUGCGGAAGCUUCCCUGAGCAGGCUGAAUGCGGAGGAGCAUAUGCUGCCAACAGACCAGGCAAAGGCUCUGGCAGAUGAGGGACGUGACUUUUCUGACCAAGCUGGCAACAUUUUCAAAGAGCUUGGAGACAAGGAGGGGCUGCAGAUGGUGGACGAGGUCAUGUAUCUAGCCUCCAAUGUGGCAGUCGAGCGGUACUGCGAGGCCACGCCACCAACGCGGAUGAUCACCAAUCUGAAGUCUGAUGGGAAUGGUGCCUCCGAAAUGUAUGGGGAGUGGCUGAUCGAUCGGGGCGAGGGCAUGGACAAGCUGCGAGUGAGGCGGCUGAUGAAGAAUGGUCGUUGUGAGGGGCCAGUGCAGUACCUGUAG